AUGGAGGGUGGUGACGAUGACGAUGCCGCUCAGCCGCCGCCUUCCAAAAGGAUAAAGAUUGUGGGUACGUAUGCACACAAUGGAGAGGCGACUGGGGACAUACAGCAGGUCCGGGAGGACGGAACGCAACCACAUGAUGCCAAUGGCAAUGGGACAGAGAAUGAGAACGGAAAUAGGCAGGGGUAUGAGCAAGGACAGCAGCAGCAGCAGCAGGAGGCGUUCCAAGACAGGGUGCCACACUUCAAGCCUAACCUCGCCGAACCUGACGACAAGGGCGAGAAUGAUUGCUUCUUUGACACGUGUGCCACAAGGGCGGGAGGAACUGCCUACCUUAUGAAACAUUUGCGAGAUAAGCAUGGGCUCGUCAGAGGCGACCAGGGCAGACUCGAAGGCGGGAAGCGGAAGGCGCCGAAGUAUCUGACCCUCUGCCCGACCAACUGGCCCUUCAAGCACAACUCUAGCUCCUCCUGCAAAGCCUGCGAGGAUAUCGCCGGCGUGUCGGCCGUGCUAGGCCAGCACGAGCACGAGAGCCCCUCCAUCUGCUCCUUCUGCUGGACCUACCUCCCAACCCGCCGCGAUCUGGUGGCGCACGUCGAUCAGGGGCCCUGUCGGAGCAACGAGAUGUUCACCCAUAAGGUCGCUUUCGUCCGGCACAUGUACGCCGAGACGCUACGCAUCCCAGGCGCCGACGAGAUUUCACGGGCCGCGGCAGGCCAGAGGCAGGCGCAUGCUGAAGCCGAGCGCCAGGCGCGCUCCGAGAAGUGGCAGUACGAACAGCAGGCAAUGCAGGCCUGGACCGAGCAGAUGCGCGGACUUAAGGGACAGCAGCAGCAGCAGCAGCAACACCCCGGCGUUCACCCAGUUUACGCGCCUCCCGACCCAUCCACCCCCAUCGUCUUCGAAGCCCAGCAACAACGACGACAACAAACACAACAACAACAACCACAGCAGCAGCAGCAGCAGCAAAAAUCCCCGGCCGCGUACUCACGCCAGCGCUUCACACCGUCUGCAGCGGCAGCUCCAUCCCACGUCCCGGCCACACCCGGCCCAACCCCGGCCUCCGCCCCCUUCCCGUUUCCCCUACCAACACAUGCCAACGCAGCAGUGGACAUUGGAUACGCAAUCACGUCGGUCACAGCCGAGGCCAUGGCGCGGAGUAUUGAGCGGCUGUCGACCGCCGUGGCCGAGCUGACGGCGGCCAACACGCGGCUGGUGCAGGACGUGAGGGUCAAGGACGGGCAACUCGCCGCGAGGGACGAAAUGCUGCGGAAGAAGGAGGAGAGGGUCAAGGCGAUGAGCGCGGAGAACGGGGAGUUGCAUGCCGAGGUGGAGAGGUUGAAGGGGGAGGUGGAGAGGUUAGCUCAGGAUGGUGGUGGUGAUAGUCCCAGGGGAGAGGUUGGGGGUUAA